AUUUCCGUUGUAAGGCGUCUGAAUGAGCCCGUUGCCCACAUGAGGGUACAUUUGGAGGGUAGUGAGAUAUCGCUCACCUGAGGCACCUGUCACCGCCUGGUGUGGAUGUCGUGUGCUGUGCACAUAAACACUCCGUCUGGCCGCGAACGAGAGGACGAAACGCGGAACAGCAAGAAUGAAGAGACUGCUUGUGUUGGGCCUGCUGUUGUGGCUGUGUGCCUUGUUCUACGUGGGCAUCUUCCUCUUCGUGGGGGGGUUCCUGCUGGUCCGACUGGAGGUGAACCGGACCAGCACCUGUGAGGAUGUCCUGUCGCCAUCUGCGGGCUCGCAGGCGGACUUCUGCCGGACCCAGCCUCGCUUCCGCCGGGCCGUGGUGCUCAUCAUCGACGCUCUGAAGGUGGAUUUCGCCCGGUACGACCACUCCAACCUGUCCCCCCGCCCAUACGAGAACAAGCUCCCAGUGCUGCAGGAGCUGGUGUCGCUGGACAGGAGCCACGCCGGGCUGUUCACCUUCCAGGCCGACCCCCCCACCACCACCAUGCAGCGUAUCAAGGGCUUCACCACCGGCUCCCUGCCCACCUUCAUCGACGUGGGCAACAACUUCGCCUCCAGCGCCAUCCUGGAGGACAACCUGAUUCACCAGCUGGGCCAGGCAGGCAAACGUGUUGUCUUCAUGGGGGAUGAUACGUGGGAGAACCUCUUCCCGAAAAAGUUCCAUCGCUCUUUGCCUUUCCCCUCCUUCAACGUAAAGGACCUGCACACAGUGGAUAACGGGAUCCUCCAACACAUCUACUCUACCAUGAAGGGGGAGGACUGGGAUGUACUGAUCGCUCACUUCCUGGGUGUGGACCACUGCGGCCACAGGUACGGCCCAGAUCACCCAGCUAUGGCCGACAAACUCACCCAGAUGAACGGCGUCAUCAGGUCCGUAGUGGAGCACCUCCAGAAUGACACGCUGCUGGUGGUGAUGGGGGACCACGGCAUGACGGACACAGGUGACCAUGGGGGCGAGAGCGCCAAGGAGACGGAGGCCGCCCUCUUCCUCUACAGCCACGCCCCCCUAUUCCCUGCUCCCGCCUCACAGGCUGAGCCCCCCGUAGUACCCCAGACUGACCUGGUGCCCACGCUGGCUCUCCUCCUGGGCAUCCCCAUCCCUUACAGCAGCGUGGGGCAGGUUCUACUGCCCCUAUUCCCCCCUCCGGGGCAUCCACAGGGCGGGAGGAGUGGCCCUGAUCAGUCCGAGGCCCUGUGGGUCAACGUCAAGCAGGUGAACCGCUUCCUGCAGACGUACUCCAGCAUGGCCAAUGACAUCCCCCCAGAUCGCCUGUCAGAGCUGCGGGCAGCCUUCGCCUAUGUGUCCUCUGCAUACCUGGCCUCCGUCCAGCAGGGGGCGCCGGCGUCCCCCGAGCUGCUGCGCUCCAUGCAGGCCUACCUGACCUCCGUCAGGGACACCUGCCGCGCCUCCUGGGCCCGCUUCCACCCUCUCAAGAUGGCCGCCGGCAUGGUGCUGUUGGCGGGCGCCUGCCUGCUGUGCUACCUGCUGUCGGAGCUGUCCUCGGCCGUGCUGACGGAGGGGGCACUGAGGGCGCCCCUGGUGGCCGGGGUGUGUGUCGGGGUGUGCGUCGCUGUUGCACAGCUGGCGUCUCAGGGCCACCUGGACGCGCCCUGGUGCCUCGCGGCGGCUGCGGGCUCCUCAGAGGUCCUCUUCCUGUGGCGGCACCGCCGCCGCGCCACGCACUCCUCCAAGAGCCGUCCGUCGGCUCCCUCGCAGCUCGUGGGCGCCGCCCUGCUGGUGCUGGCGCUGCGCUGCGCCUCGUUGCUGUCGGACAGCUACGUGAUCGCCGAGGGUCGCGUGGUGACCUUCCUGCUCUGCUCGCUGGGCCUCUACGUGCCGCUGCGGCUCAACUGGGACGGACACCUGCUGCCGCCGCCCUCGCCCGACUCCCAGAAGCCCCCGGGGGCCCUGCCCGCUAUCCCGCUGCCCGCUUGGGCGGUCAGACGCGAGGGCGUCGCGCUCUGCCUGAGCCUGGCCGUGCUGGCGGGCUCGCUGUGCCUGUCGCUGGCUCUGCACGCGUGCCGUGAGGAGCAGGGCGCAUCCUGCCAGCCCUCGGCCUUCCUGGCGCCGCUGGCCCGCAUGCAGGACGAGCGCCUGCGCAACCUGCACUACCUGCUCUCGCUGGCCGCGCUCGCUGCCUGGACGCACCUGCUGUACCGCUGGCUGCGUCACUACGGCAACCUCAACGCGCCGGGGGCCCCCGCCGUCUUCGCCGCCCGCUGGCUGCUGCCUGCCGCCGCCGUGCUGACCGGUCUCCACUGGGCGGUCAGCGCCACCCCCGAGGACAGCUUCCGCAGCCUGGCCGAGCUCAUCCGCCUGGCGCAGUCCGUGCUGCCCCGAGCCGCCUACGCUGCGCUCGGCCUCGGGGUGGCGCUGCUCUGGCUCGACCCGCUCACCGUCUUCGUCAAGCACCGAGCGCCAGCGUCAGCGUCCACCCACCACCUGCCCCCCCCACCGCGCUACCGCGCCAGCACAGGCAUCAGCCCGCAGGCCGAGCUGCACCACCUCAUCCCGCAGCUCUACCAGCGCAUCCGCCACUCCCUGGAGGACGGACCCGCGUCGGCCGCGGAGGCUGCAGGGGGCAGCAGCGGGCAGGACGGGCGGCCCGCCGUGGAGGCCUACGGCCUGGGCACGGUGUACUCGGCGCCCCUGGUGCUGCUGGUCGGCCUGCUGGGCACCGGGGUGCUGCUGCUCCACCCGGAGAGCUUGGCCCCCGCCUUCCUGCUGAUGCUGCUCGAGGCCGCCGCGCUGCUGCACAUCCACGCCACUUGCACCACCCUCUCCGGCCAGCAGGGGGACCACGCCACUGGUUUCAGGGUGCCCUGGGCGCCGGUGGUGUUGUGGUCCCUGGCGGCGUGCCAGUUCUUCCAUGCCACGGGGCACCUGCCCACCUUCGCGUCGCUGCAGUGGGGCGCAGCGUUCGUGGGCUUCCCCGACGGACACACGGGAACCCUGCUGCCCGCCACCCUCGUCACACUCAACACCUUCUCCUCACACAUCCUAUUUGCCCUUGCGUGUCCUUUACUGCUGUUCUGGCCCCUGGUGACUGAGGUGCGCUGUAACAAAAGUGGGCGGUCUGGAGGGGAGGAGUCUGAGGAUGUCGUCAUGGAGAUGCGAUUGAGAGAGAAUCCCCAGCAGUUUAGCUCCGCCCUGCUCCAGCUAGCCGCACGCUACCUCUUUGUCUGUGGAGCCCAGGUGUUUGCGUCUGUGUGUGCGGCAGCAGUUCUCCGGAGGCAUCUGAUGGUGUGGCAGGUGUUCGCGCCCAAGUUGAUGUUUGAGGCCAGUGGGUUUCUGGUGGGCAGUGUGUUCCUACUGCUGGGCGUGGCACUGGUUCUGCGAGUGGACGUGGCAGUGAGCGGCUGGUUUAAGAGACUACUGCCCGAUGCCUCCAGGUAACACUGCCUACAAUACCCACAAUGCACCACCUCUGCCGCCAUUACUGCCCUGUACCUCUGCCUUGGGAACUCAGAACCCUGGAAAUUCGGAGGUUACCAUGGGAAUGGUCACAAUUCAGUCGACUUCAACUGCCAUUCAGGACCAACUAAAAACAGGACUUGGAAGAUGAUCAAGUUUUCAGUGUGGACAGCAAAGGUCUCGUCCUCUACCCCCCCCCC